AUGUUGAGUUACGGUUCAAAUCAGACAGUCGUGGAUAAGGUCGCCCCCGAUAUGCUGAAUAUGAUCGACCCACAUUGGUACCAAUUUCCGCCUAUGAAUCCACUAUGGCACGGUCUCUUAGGUUUCACAAUAGGGCUCCUAGGCUUCAUUUCUGUUGUAGGCAAUGGAAUGGUUAUAUACAUUUUUACUGCGACUAAGAGCCUCAAGACUCCUUCCAAUUUGCUGGUUGUGAACCUAGCUUUCUCGGAUUUCUUGAUGAUGUGCGCCAUGGCACCCGCAAUGGUCAUAAACUGUUAUAACGAAACUUGGGUCUUCGGUCCUUUAGGGUGUGAAAUAUAUGGUUUCGCUGGAUCACUUUUCGGCUGUGUGUCCAUUUGGACUAUGACAAUGAUAGCCUUUGAUCGUUACAAUGUCAUCGUGAAAGGAAUAGCUGCUAAACCCAUGACUAAAAAGGGAGUGCUUUCGCGAAUCCUUGCUAUUUGGUUAAGCGCCUUAGUGUGGACGCUCGCACCAUUUUUCGGGUGGAACAGGUAUGUGCCCGAAGGUAACAUGACCGCGUGUGGAACCGACUACUUAUCCAAUGACCUGUACAGUCGCAGCUACAUCGUGGUUUACUCGUUUUUCGUGUACUUCGCACCGCUCCUGUUAAUAAUCUACUCUUAUUACUUCAUCGUUAAGGCCGUCGCGGAUCACGAGAAGGCUAUGCGGGAACAAGCUAAGAAGAUGAACGUUGUCUCACUUCGGUCAUCAGAAGCAGCGCAGACCAGUGCUGAAUGUAAACUAGCUAAGGUUGCUCUUAUGACUAUUUCGCUGUGGUUUAUGGCAUGGACUCCAUAUUUGAUCAUUAACUACACUGGUAUAUUUGAGAAGGCCCCCAUAAGUCCUCUCGCCACCAUCUGGGGCUCCUUGUUUGCAAAAGCUAAUGCGGUCUACAACCCGAUUGUAUACGGUAUUAGCCAUCCAAGAUAUCGUGCGGCUCUGUACAAAACUUUCCCAUCCCUGUCCUGUGAGACAUCGCAAUAUGAGGACAACUGCGUGGCUUCUUGCAUCACUACAGUGACAGAGGAGAAACAACCAGCA